AUGACCAACCCCCAGUCAGUCUUAGCAGAAAAAAAAAAAAAGUUAAAUUUCAAAUUUACCUCCUGGAAUAAUACCAACGAAAUGAACAGCUUCGACCUGGAGAAGUAUAGCAAGCACAACGAACCAGAAGGUAGUGAAAACUUCUCCCCAAAUUUUCAGUCUGCCUAUUAUUCUGCCAAGAGUACGUCCGGAAAACACAGUGCCAAUCACUCGAACAUAAGAAUCAAUCAGGAGUUAGUUAAUGCCCUGUCAGUAGAGGAGAUCUUCGACGUCCUUAACAAGCACAGUGAAAGCGCCAAAACGGACACAGAAAAAAAAAAAGUUUUUAAUGAAGUAAACAUCGUGACGGCUUAUCACCGUAUAGCCAAACAUGUGAAGAAUAAAAAUUUCUGCUGGAGGGGAGAAGGCAAAGGCAAACAAGAAAGCGCAGCAAGCAGCGACUUUGACCCGGUGACCUUCAGUCUGUUCGAGACGUAUUCCACGGUGGGGGGGGGGCAGACAAACGGGGAUCGGUCAACAGAGGAGCGACAAACAGAUGAGCGGCCAACUGGGGAGCAGUCCAUCCGGGUAUCUCCAACGGACGAACAGGUCCGACGUGAAGAGGAUCACCCCCCCUGCAGCAAUCACGCGAAUUUACUCACCAGACGAACCUACAGCAGCAUCUACGCACUGAUGAAGCAAACCCUACUCACCAACGCACCUGUAAUCCCAAAACACGUGGCGAACAUCGCAUGGGCGUCAGCCAUCCUGUCGAACAGAGAAGUAGACAUAUGGAAGAAUAUAAAAAAAAGAUUUUUCGAAAAUUCCAACAAUUUCAAGGCACAAGAAAUUUCCAUCAUCCUUUGGUCCUUCAGUGCAAUCAAGUUCGAACUGAUCACCACCAAGGAGGAAUUAAUCUCUGUACACAACUGCCUGAUGAAAUACCUGAAGGAGCAUAAGUUUAAGGCCCAAGAAUUUAGCAACGUCAUUUGGGCGAUAGCAACAUCCAACUGUUGUAACUACGACCUGUUAAUAAGUCUCUACAAUUAUGCGCUAGACAUUUUUGAUUCUCUUCUACUGAAGGAUAUAGCCACCAUUUUGUACAGUCUCUCUAUUUUUGCAGCCGACUCUGCUAAUAAGGACAUUCUCGAUAUCAUUAGGGAGAACCAUCUGAAAAAAUUUGGCAUAGAGGAAGACUACCUAACGAUUAGUAAACUUAACCCGGAUCCCACAAAUGGGUCGAAAAACACACUCGGAAAAUUUUUUAGCUAUUUUGAAAGAUCAAGUACGGACCCACAUUCGGACAUCACCAUUAACAGUUUAGUGAUGGAGAAAAAUACAGCUAGCGAUAAAAAAUACGCGGCUUUUCUCCUGUUUGAAAAUUUUUUGUUAUACUCCCUGGAGAGAAUUGCCAAGGAGAAGGACAAAAUGACUAUGCGCACGUGGUCAAGCAUUUUUUGGCCCUGCGCGAAUGUAGGUUUGGGUCUCUACAGGGACGUGCCUUCGCAGCACAGAUUGCGCUACUACGCGUGUGGUGGUCAAGGAAAUUCCCUUUAUGGCAACGGGGAGGCAAACUCGGCCCCCCAAACAGAUGCCCCCGAGGAAGGCGCUCCACCUGCCCAAAGCAAGCCGUAUGUUCGCAUCACCGACGGGGAGUACGUAUUCCCCCUCAUGGAGGAGAACCCACACCUGGAGGUAUGUACCCAGUUGAACCAGAAAGAAAUGGCGGACCUUGGAAUAGGCGUCCCUCUAGACAUAUACAAUAGGAAGGAGAACAAAGUGGGUCAUUCUUCCGUUAAUAAGACUAACGCGAAGACAUGGCAUGGUAAUCAUUUCGAGGCGACGAACAAUCAACCAGUGGGGAAAAGUGACACUAUGGAGGAAACGCACAAUGGGCAGCAGUCUAACAAUGCGAAUAGUAAACUCCCUAAGGUAGAUCCAAACGAAACACAACACGAUGACAUACUAACCAGCGAAAUGAACAAACCGAUUUCAAACUCACCCCUUGGAGGUAGCGCACGAACAAGUGUAGUAAAGGAAAUCCCAGAAGAGGAACCACACCAACAGAAAAGUAACCUCAAUGGGGGGGGACAAAUAGACGAGGCGAAAUAUGCCAACUUUAUGAAUCACAUAAAUGACAAAAAGGAAGACGAAAAUUUGUAUAACGACACAAACAGGAGCAUGGUGAUGAUAAAGUUGCUAAGGCUCUUCGAAUCCCAGUUGAAAGAAAAAAGUAUAAAGUGGACCAAGUGUGAAGUUCAGUCUAUUGCUAACAUCCUGUGGAGUCUUUCCAUCUUGAAUCUCUUCCCCAGCAGCAUUUUUGAAAAUGCCCUACACGAAUGUAAUAAGAGGUUUAUAAAAUAUGGGAAAAAAAAAAAUUCGAGCAAAUUGCAAUUUUUCAUCUCGCAAAUACAUCAAUCCCAGUUGUAUCAGGCCUCCUUUGCUUACUGCUUAUUUUUAAUGAGAAAAAAUUCAAAGGGGAGUAAACAAAUGGACAAAAGAUAUGAACAAAUGGUACCUCCAAAUGAUCAUAUCGAUAAUACUGCGUCGCUGAAGAGAAAAAUACAAGCUACAUUUGACAAAUAUUUUAAAGUCUCCUUGAACACGUUAAAUAUAUGGAAAAAACAGCUAGCUAGAAAUCAACGGAGAGAAGAAAAAAACCAAGUUUCUUCAUCUGUACAUAAGAAAAUUUCGAACGAUUUGAGACACCUUAGUAUUUUUCACCACAACGAGUAUUUCAUUUUGGACUCCCUUCUCGUGGAUGUUUACCUGCCCAACGCCAGGGUCGCCAUAGAAAUAGACGGACCGAGCCAUUUUCUCCAAAAGGGGAAACUCAUUCUGUACAACCCCAAUUCGCUGUUCAAGAAGAGGUUGCUCAGGGCGCUUGGCUUUUCUGUCAUUUCCAUUUCUAUUAGCGAGCACACCUUCAUGUUCAGCGCCUUGAAUACGUUCAAUUUUGUGAAGAAGUUCCUGAGCAACGUGAACUUUAGCAGAGACCGUUAG